AUGGUCGAACCUGAUUGGGACGAUUUUCUUGAAAAGAUGCGUCUAUUAAUGCGUAACAAUGUGAAAAAUGAUGUUAUCGAUAUACUUACCUCGAAUUUUUCGACAACAACCAAAGUUGAAUCAUUACUUUCAUGUGUUGCUAUUAUGGAUACAUUCAAACAAUACUUUGAAUAUCAAUGUGUAAUAACAAAAUGUGGCAUUCGUAAUGUACACUUCAUGGGCACCUUAGACGACUGGAAAUUGUUGCGUCAUAAAACUGAACAAUUACAAAAUUUUACAACGUCUAGAAAUGAUAGUUUUGCUACUUAUAUUCAAGGAUUAUUGCCCAUCAUCGACAAAUUCAUUGAGACCUAUCAAGGUAAUGUUGACAAUAAAUUUUGGAACAAGAUCAUGGACAUCAAACAUUGGGGUGGAGGACGUUCAGGAAGUCCGGCUGGCACGAACGUGACCGGAUGGUUUCUUCAUCUUUGCUAUGGAUUACAUGAGCAGAAAAAGUGUGAUAUUCAGCAGAUUAGACUCAAUGCACUUGUUGUGCCUGUUAAAGUUGAAAAUGAACUGAUCAAUCAAUCGAAAAUGUGCUACAUAGCUGGUGGUUUUCAUGGAAUUGAAUCACGCGAUGGUCGACAUAAGCCGGUGAUGAGUCUCGCUAUUAUGGAUGACACGACUACUAUCGGACCCUGUACUCGUAAAUGA